UUCCUUCCCCCAUCCCUUUGAUCUCUCAACACAACACAACCAACAUUUGAGAGGGAAAAUAAAUAGAUAAUAAGCAAAAUCCAAACCCCAACUUCAAGCUUCUUCUCUCCCCUUUGCCUUUUCAUUAUUACCCAAGACUGUAUUGUCUAGUACUCAUCUUUGUACUUUCCAAUAAACCUCUCUUUCUCAAUCAAUUUUCCUCAUUCUCAACUCAUAUCCAUCAGAUAGAGUAGAAGAAGAAGAGAAUGUACCAUCAUCAACAUAGAGGGAAGAGCAUUCAUUCAUCAGAGAGGCAUAUGUUUCUACAAGGAGGGAAUGGGCCUGGAGAUUCAGGGCUUGUUCUUUCUACUGACGCUAAGCCUAGGCUUAAAUGGACUCCUGAUUUGCAUGACCGUUUUGUUGAAGCUGUUAAUCAGCUGGGAGGGGCUGACAAGGCCACCCCUAAAACAGUGAUGAAAAUCAUGGGCAUUCCUGGACUUACUUUAUACCACUUGAAAAGCCAUCUUCAGAAAUACAGACUAAGCAAGAAUUUGCAUGGACAAGCAAAUGGUGGAAGUGGAACAAAUAAAACUGGUAUGGGUUGGCGUGUAGGAACGGUGGGUGUUUCUGUAGACCAGAGAUUGGCAGAGGCAAAUGGAGCAGCUCGCACUAACAAUAUAGUGGUCGCCCCACAGCCCUCCUCCCAAUCCAACAAAAGCCUUCAAAUAAGUGAAACAAUACAGAUGCAAAUCGAAGUGCAGAAAAGGCUACACGAGCAACUCGAGGUACAAAGACAUUUGCAACUGAGAAUAGAAGCACAAGGGAAGUAUCUCCAAACAGUAUUGGAGAAAGCACAAGAAACACUAGGAAGACAAAACUUAGGGACAGUAGGACUUGAAGCUGCCAAAGUGCAGCUUUCAGAAUUGGUCUCUAAAGUUUCCACUCAAUGCCUAACCGCAGCAUUUCCAGAGCUACACCACCAAAACCAAAACCAAAGUCAAACCCAAAGCCAAAGGCUAUGUCCUCAACAAAGCCAGCCCCCUGAUUGUUCAAUGGACAGUUGCUUGACCUCUUGCGAGGGCGGCUCCAAGGACCAACAAGACCAGCAAGUCUUGCUCCACAAUAGCCACUUGGCACUCCGACCCUAUGCGGACCGUGGCUCAUCCGGUGUGGACCACCUUCAUGGGCUGUCCAUGAGCAUUGGACUGGUGCAAGGGGAGAAGGGGGAAGGGUAUAAUGGGUAUUCGCCAUCGGAGGGACAGAGAUUUGGGAGUAAAAGAAAGGAGGGAGUAGAAAAGGAGAAAGUGGUGGAGACGGGGUUUAGAUAUAGAAUGGAUUUGAAUGCAGGAGAGGAUCAACUAAUUAGUAAUAAUGAUCAUGGGGCUUCUACUACUUGCAAGAUGUUUGAUCUUAAUGGCUUUAGCUGAUUAUUGUUAAAACUUCUUCUUGUUAUAUAUAUAAUAUAUUAUUUUGGGAGUUAUAUCUGUGCACUAAAAAAUGGAAAAAAAUAAAAAUAGGGUUUUUGCUCUUGAGUUUUAGUCAA